AGUGGCGGGUGAUAGUGCAAGGUGCGCGUAGUUGUAGUAGUCUUGGCAGGAGUCACGUGAACAGAGAGCGGCCGGCGUAUAAAUUUUCCGGAGCAGAGUUUGAACGUUUUGAGCAACGUUUGCCAGCUGGGCGGACUCGCUGCGCUUCACGGCUCUUGAAAUGCACCGGUAUACGAUAUUCGGAUUUUCCCAUGAACUGGACUGGAGACCCAUGCACUUUGUGGAGCCAAUUCCGGCACACAGAUUAUGCGAAGUCUGCGGAUUGCUUUCUAAGUGGACCGUCUUUCUGCCCUGUCGACACGUCGUUUGCAAAACGUGCUAUGGGCAAUGCUUUGUCAACGAGGUUUACGACUGCCCACUCGACAGUGUCCAGUUUCGUGAAGAAGACGCUCAAUGGAUGGAAUUUCCCGUGGAAAAUCUGCUAAAACGCAAGGUCAAGUGUUGGAACGAGGAAAAUGGCUGCGACGUGAUUAUGAAUGCAUCGGACAUAUUCAAGCACUUCAAUGAAGAUUGCGUCCACCACUCAGCGCGCUGUCCAAACUGCUCAGCUCAUGUCCUGUGCAAGAGUGUGUGCGCGCAUCGGAGAAGUAGCUGUAGCACGAAUGCUUUGCCCAACCAAGCUCAGCAUCUGGAACCAUCGAAGGACACGAAUCAAAAAGCGAUGUUCACGUAUUUAAAGACGACAUUGGAAGAACAUGUGGGCGAAUUGAAAUCCAGCCUUGAACAGGUUUUACGCGACCACAGUACCGUCUGCGAUAGACUGAACGAUGUUUCCCACUUCGUAAAUGCGCUAAGGGAGACUGUGAUACACACGUCAGAGCAGCAAACUGAAGCCGGAAUCGUCUUUUUUGGAGAAGUCACAAAUGACUUGGCUGCACAAGGUGGCAGACUUGACGAACUUGCAAACCGAAUAGAUGCUUUACGUGAAGAUGCUAGGAUGGUCGCCGACUCAACAAGAAAAAGUCUCGAGAACCUGGAGCAGGCCCCACUCACGAAUUGGGUGCGUCCAAAGUUUAAUCAAGAAAUGAAUCUGGUGAUAACUGCAGGGAGCUGA